AUGUCGAAACUGAGAGCUCUACGCUUCGCCCUUUUGACCGCUGUAUCUGUUCAUGCAGCAGUCCAUCAAGGACUCGACGAAUUAGAUGCAGAGCAGGACUUCGAUUUCAUCGUCGUAGGCGGUGGAAUUGGCGGUUCUGUCGUCGCGAGUCGCUUGAGCGAAAAUCCGGAUUUCAAUGUUCUCCUUGUGGAGGCGGGGCCUGAUAACGAUGGUGUCCUCGAUAUUGCCGUUCCAGGGUACACAGACCGAAUUAACAGUACCUACGAUUGGAGAUUUAGGACGGAGCCGCAAAUUGGUUUAAACAAUCGCACUUUCUCCUACGACAGGGGACAUGUCCUUGGAGGAAGUAGCUCUGUUAACAGCAUGAUUUACACCAGAGGUGCCGCCGAGGACUAUGAUCGGUGGGCAGAGGUCACCGGUGAUAGCGGAUGGACUUGGGACGCGUUGUUCCCCUUGAUUAAACGGCACGAGAAGUUUGUCCCUCCGCCUGGAGGUCGCAACGUGACAGGACAGUACAACCCAGACGUACAUGGAUACGAAGGAAACUCCUUGGUCAGCCUCCCAUGGAGUGAGCCUACCGAGUUCGACAAACUUUGCUUGAAGAACGCAGAGGCUCAGAAGGAUGAGUUCCCCUUCAACAUUGAUCAGAACUCCGGCUCCCCAGUUGGUCUCACUUAUGGAAUCGUAGCGUGGAUGCAGUCGACUAUUGGCAACGGCGAAAGAAGCAGCGCGGCGACCGCUUACCUCGGCAACGACGUCAGAGCGAGGCCUAACCUCUCUAUUCUCCUUAACACGUACGCAACACGGGCCAUUCCUGUCGCACACUCGGGUGAAGGGCUAGACAUACGAACAAUCGAGUUAGCCCCGAGACGUGGAGCAGGAUCCUCGGUAACCCUGACAGCACGCAAAGAGCUCAUUCUCACAGCUGGUGCCUUCGGUACUCCUCACAUCCUGCUUAACUCGGGUAUCGGUGACCGCGAAGAGCUCGCGGACGUCGGUGUUGAAACAAUCCACCAUCUACCUGAUGUCGGGAAAGACCUGCAUGACCACGUCUUUGCAUCUGUGAUGUGGACAAAUCGUAUUCCAGCUCCACGACCGGUUUCUCCCGCCCAGGCACUUGCGGAAUGGCAAGCGAACAGGACGGGUCCUCUCACCGAGGCUGCCGGGGCUGGUCACCAGGUCCUCUGGUCACGCAUUCCAUCAGACUCACCCAUUUUCGAAGAGCAUGACGAUCCAGCCUCCGGUGUUAACGCACCCCAUAUCGAGACUUUCCUCGCGCCUUCUGCCAAUUUCCUCAUGAGUGGAGUGGUUCUCUUGACCCCAUACUCACGAGGGACCAUCAAGCUAAGGUCGAACGAUCCUUUCGAUCCUCCCCGCAUCGACCUCGCACUGUUGACCCACCCAUUCGACGUGCUCGCGCUGAAGGAAGGUAUCCGGAACACCCGUCGAUUCUUCAGUGGUCCCGUUUGGGAGGGCUACAGUCUCAGUACAUUCACUCCCAAUCCUGACACGGUUCCUGCCGAUGAGUAUGAGAGGUAUCUCCGGGGUGCUGCAGGAACAUUCGGGCACGCAGUUGGCACAGCGUCCAUGUCUGCGAAGGGCUCGGACAAGGGUGUACUGGAUCCUGACCUUCUUGUCAAAGGUGUCUCUGGACUGCGUGUGGUCGACGCUUCUGCGAUCCCCUUUGUACCAGCGGCGCACAGCCAGGCUGCCGUUUACAUUCUAGCUGAGCGAGCAGUAGAUCUUAUUCGGGAGGCUUGGAACUGA